AUGGCAGCCGAGAUAACCAUUUCGCUUUUGAGAGAGAAGCUAGAAAACCUUCGAGAUACAACAAAGAUCGGAAAUCCCAGCUUGCUAAAACAAGUCAAUGAGUCCAUCGCGAAGCUCAAAGAGUCUCUGACAACCUUGAAAGCUUUAGAGGAUGACAAAGGAAGCCAUCUGACAAAUGGUAACGGGAAGAUCGAGCUUCUGCGAGCUGUUUAUGAUGCAGAGGACACCAUAGAUACCUUCCUUGCAAGUACGAUAUCGCAGAAACAAAAGUCUUUCCCUUCAAUCCACUUGAAAUCAGAGUAUAGCCAAUCUCGUGUAAGCCGUAAGAUGGGAAACUUUGUUGAACAUUUAACAACUUUCAUAAACAACAAAUCCGUUCAUGUCGAGCCAAUGGUUUCCCCUAGUAACUUAUUAUCGGAAGAUAUGAAAGUUGGUGAUGCGGAAGUUCAUCCACAAAACUCACCAACCAAUGUGGAGGAUAUGCAAGUCCCGCCAUUGGAGAGCAAAAACUUCGGAGAGGGUACUUCGGGAUCGAAAUUUUCAUAUGAAGAUAUCCAAGUUCAAGGAAAGCACUUUGUUGAUGGCAACGCCGGAGCUGACGUUGGUGCGGGUCUGGAAUCAAGUUUUUCAGAUGAAGAUGAUACUUCUGAUUUGGAAGAUACAGCAAAGAAGUUAGCCGAAUUAAUCCUUCAUGACGACUUGCCAAUUUUGCUCUUGUCAGCGGCGGGUCGUCCUGGAGGCUCUCACAAUACGACUCUGCUAUGGAGGACUUACUGCACUAUCAAGGAGCAUUUUGAAUGCUGCGCCUGGACUUAUGUUUCUGAUGUCUACGAAGCUAUAAAAUGUGUCAUGGAACAACUUACAGGAAUGAAGCAGGAAAAUGAUUUGCCUCCAACGGUGCUGCAAAGAAAGCUCUGCCGUUUCUUAAGUAAUAAGAAGUACCUAUUAGUUUUCUACGAUCUCCGAACUCCUAAGGUCUGGGAGUCUCUGAGUUCUGCUCUACCGAAUUUAGAUGGUGGUCGGAUGAUUGUAAGUUUUCAUGGAGCCGCUGCAGCACCGAGUAUUCCUAAUGCAAGGUUCUUGGGUACAAUCUUUGGAACAGAGUUGGUGUCACCGUCAGCAUUAAAUAAAGAUGUCUGCACUUCGUUGGAUGAGGAAACUGAUAUUGUUGGCCUGAAGGAUGAAAUACAGAAGUUGCAUAAACUAAUUUGUAGGCGGUACCAGUUGCAUUUUUUAAUCCUAGUGGUGGGUGUCGCAGGCUCUGGUAAGACAACUCUGGUAAAUACAGUUUACAACGAGUCACAUAUAAAGCAGAAAUUCGAUAACCGUGUUUGGAUUUCUGUUUCUAAAGUUUUUGAAGAGAGAAAUCUCCUACUUCAGAUAUUAAAGCAGGUUACAGAGGUUAAGGACGAGGCGAAAUUGUCCCUUGAGGAAUUGCGGAAGAGGCUUCGUUAUUUAUUUGUUGGAAAGAGGUACCUGGUAGUCUUGGAUGAUGUCCAGACACCUGAUACUUGGGACAAACUCAAAAGGGUCUUCCCAUUUAGCUACUUAAGUGGUAGCAGGGUAGUCCUAACUAUCCGUGAUCUUAAUGUAGCUGAAAAUAUUGAUCCAUCGAUAUAUUAUUGUCACAAUCUACGUCGACUAAAUGAUGAAGAGAGUUGGGAGUUGUUUUCGGAGAAACUGAAACAAAAAAUAUCAGCUAAUUCAUAUUUGGUGGAGCACAAGGGAAAGAUCUUGCAAAAAUGUAAGGGUCUACCUCUUGCAAUAUGCAUGCUGGCUGGUUUAUUGUCCACUAAGGAACCUGGCUCUGAUGCAUGGUUAAAAGCUAUUGAGUCUACCCAACAAAAGAGAAAAGGAGGGACGAGCGAGAAUGCAAUGCAAGACAAGAAGGAAGAAGAAGGGUUUACUGAGCGUACAAAGCGAGAAAACAAAGAACAAAGUACUAGUGAGCAUUCUCAAUUAGACGAGAUUGUAGAUGCAAAGGCCGUUGGAGAAGGAAAAAGCGUUAGUGAACAUUCUCAGCGAGGAGAGAUUGAAGAAGUAAAGGAGAUUGAUGAGGAAAGAAAAAGGGCUGGUAAGCAGAUUCAACAAGGAGAGAUUGAAGAAGCAGGGGUGGUUUUGGCAGAAAAAAGAGGGACUGUAAAUGCAGCCUCUUACAGCAAACAAGUAGAAGAUCAAUCCAUUUCUUCAAAUGAAUCAGUUUCCUCAGAUGACUUGAGCGCUUCCGAUAUCUUUUCUUUGGGCUAUCAGGACUUAAACUUCCGUUUAAGGGCAUGUCUCAAUUAUUUAUGUCUUUUCCCAAGAUCAGAUCUAAUCCGCAUAAGAAGGUUGGCUAGAUUGUGGAUUGCAGAAGGCUUGGUGGAAGUCUUGACAAAUGGCGAUAAAGAACCUGAAGAUCUAGUGGAAGAAUAUCUUCAACAACUGGAGCAAAGAAACAUGAUCAAGAUGGCAAAGUCAGAUGGAAGGCCUAAAACAUGUAGUGUGGAAGGUCUUCCCUAUGAUUCGCUAUGUUCAAAUGCCAAGAGCCUGGGAUUUUUUCACGUCCAUUCUAACUCAGGUCCUGAAUCGAAAUCAUCAACAAAUCUUAGCAUCCGUAGGCUUGCAGAACAAGUGGACAUUCAGAACAAUCCUCUUAAAGAUGAAGAAAUUAAACAAUUACGUUCAUAUAUAUCUUUUAACAAGGGAAAGGGAGAUAAAGCUGCAGAUGGAGUAGGCAAUUUCCUGGAAAGGACAAUCACCAAGAGAGGCUUUGGAUUGCUCACACUGCUUGAUCUGGAACGUGUAUACAAGCCAGUGCUGCUACCUGAAACACUAAGAAGGCUGCCGCUUCUAAAGUACGUCGGUCUGAGACGGACAUUUCUGGACGAAAUCCCAGAGUCAGUAGGUGAUAUUCCUUGUCUAGAUACUUUAGAUGUGAAGCACACUAAUAUAUCUGAAUUACCUAAUUCCAUCUGCAAUGCUAAGAAGCUUCUGCACCUCUAUAUGAACGGGAUUGAUUUUGAGACGUCCAAACAAAUCUCCAGUAGUUCUUUAAAUACCCUUCAGACAUUGUCAGGCCUACUAAUAGGCAAGAACAGCCCUACAGUCCACUGGUUGACGAAGUUGAUUAGCCUUAGGAAAUUGGGAUUGACAUGCCACACAGAAUCAAUUGAGGGAAUAACUGACUGGCUUUCUACACGAACCAGUCUUCAUUCUCUGCGGUUGAGAUCGGUAGAUGACAAUGGUGAACCUUCCAACCUCAAAUGGAUAUCCAACAAUAUGCUAACAGACUUGUAUUUGGUGGGACAGCUACCAAACGGCUUUAAGAUUUCCCUUGAAGAACUUCCCUCCAAACUCAGAGUCCUUACAUUGUCAGUGUCAAAACUGUCAGAAGAUCCAAUGCCAGCGCUAGGACAGCUGGAAAACCUCAGAAUCCUCAGGCUUUACGCUAAUUCUUACUCAGGGAAAACAAUGAUUUGUGGCCCUGCAGGUAGAUUUUCUAAACUCGAGGUUCUAAAGUUAUGGAUGCUAUUGAAUCUGAGCGAGUGGAAAAUUGAAGGAGCAAUGCCUGUGCUAAAAGAAUUAGAGAUCAGAUAUUGCCGAAAUCUGCAGAAGCCUACAGGAUUGGAGGGCUUGACUACCUUGGAGAAAUUGACCUUAACGAAUAUGAAUGAGAAAUUUGUAUCUGAUGUUAGAGAAAUCUUUGGCAGUAAGACAGGGGUCAACAAUUGGAGAUUUAUUCCUUCAUGGGAAUCAGUAAGAACAGCAGCAGAACUCCGGCAGAAGAGUAAACAGAGAGAUGGUGCACCAAUUGUGAGGUCAAGCACUCUAAACUAG